CAUGACACAAGCCCACUAUCCCAUGUUCAAACACAUAGCACAGUUUAACCUAUCACGAAACAUCACAACUGAUGAACCUCCCAUGCUUCAAUCUGUCAACGAAACAAUCACCAAUGCUCUCCUACCUCUCAUACCCUUAACAGAUAUCGAGUCAACCUUACUUUGGCAACUCGACCCUGCGCAUUUUAAUAUCCAAACGCCUAUAAACAUCCAAGCUCUUCACCUUCUUACACAAACCAAGACAAGUAGCCCCGCAUGGCACCAACAUCAACCAACCGACUUAGCCAACUGCCUCCCGCAGCAACGAGCUUCGAAAGUCAAAGAACAAUCAGAUGGACAAUGA